AUGCCCGCCGAUUUUGAUAAACAAAGCUACUGGGGCGAGCGUUUCGCCUCCGAGACCAGUUUCGAGUGGUUGACACCCUCUACAACCCUUAUGUCGGUCGUGGAUCCUUAUCUCGCCAAUCUGAACGAUUCGGCUCGCAUCCUGCAACUAGGGUUUGGAACGAGCGACCUGCAGAACCAUAUUCGGCAACGGGGCUUCACGAACAUUACCAACGUCGACUUCGAGCCGUUGGCGAUCGACCGCGGCCGGGUACUGGAAAAGCAAGUAUUCGGUGAUGUGAAGAUGCGCUACCUCGUGGCGGACGUGACCCAGCUCCACUUGCCUGACAGGUUUGAUCUGAUUAUCGACAAGAGUACAGUCGAUGCGGUAUCUUGCGGUGGCUUGGAGGCGUUUUUAAGGAUGGCGGAAGGAGUAAGGCGGCACUUGACCGACGACGGCUAUUGGAUUUCGCUGAGUUAUUCGUUUUGCCGCUUCGACGUCGAUAACCUGCCGCUCGAUGUUGAAAUUAUCGAGAAGAUCCCCACGCCGAAGCUGAAGCCCAAUGACCCGGAUGUUUACCAUUGGUGCUACCUUCUGAGGCCGAAAUUAUGGCAAUAG